GGAAGAUAAGUAGGCAAAAUGGCUAUCUAGAUAAUGUGCUGAUUCCUGUGACAUGGAUCCUACUAUUCUUUUUGUUUUUAUUUUUUUUUUAUCUUACUUCUUCUUUCCAUCCCCCUUUUCCACGCAGUUUCUCUUUCCUUCCAGUUUCAAUGUGAGCAACGCAGUCAUCCAACUCGACUUUUGAAGGAAUCAUCAUGGGUCAACAACCAAGCUCCCCCGUACCGGGGACUAAAUUCAGAGUCAUAGGCGCUGGAAUGUCACGAACGGGAACCAAGAGCUUCAACGAAGCGCUGCGGAUCCUCCUCGACGGGCCGGUGCACGACUCGGGCAUCCAGUCGUGCGCGGGCAGCCGGCGGCAGCGACACCAGUGGCUGGAGCUGAUGGAGCUUGCAGUCAACUGCCGGACCGUGUCGGACCGGAAGCGCAUCGAGUGGCUGUUGGCCGACCUUCUCGAGGGCUACACGUCCACCAUGGACAUACCGGCCAACAUGAUGUACGAGGAGAUCCUGAGCGUCUUCCCCGACGCCGUCGUCAUCUGCACCACGCGCGACGCCGUCCCCUGGGCCAUCAGCAUGUGCCGCCUCGCCGACUCCCUCUCCAUGUUCUACGUGCCCUGGGUCGCCUACUGGCUCCCCGGUGUUGGUUACUUUUCAAAGUGGAUGGACUUGCAAAAGAGGCUGAUGGCCCUGAGGCUGGGUUACGACGACUACCGCGUCGAGAGCAUCCGGGACCACGAGAACACCCUGAGGAGGGUCAUCCCACCCGAGAAGCUCUUCUUCUACCGCGUUAGCGAGGGCUGGGAGCCUCUGUGCAAGAUACUCAAUCUGCCGGUCCCGGACGUGCCCUUCCCCCACAACAACAAUACGACCGACGCCCAGGGUACCGUGAAUGAGAUUCUGGUUAUGGGGCUUUUGGCUUGGGUUGGGAUUUUGGCCGGUUCUGGUGCUGCUGUAUGGUUAGCCUGGAGGGCUUUCUCCCACAGUUUUCUUUUUAUUAAGGGGUGACUGGACCCAGGAACACCCUUAAUAAGAAUAGUACAUAUCCUUAGAGCCCGAGAAUUUGAAGAAAUUGCACCUUGGCGUGCAACAUCAUGGA